GACAAGAUGGCCGCCGACAUCUCCUUUCCAGGCAAACGCACUAUUUUACCGUUUUCUCUACUUGUAAAGCCUGACGGAGGUGUCUGAGGCGGUAUAUCAUGUGGUAAUGGUUCUCCACGCCUUUAGAAACCCACAGUAACCGCCGGAGACCAAGAGAACACGGAGAAAACAGGGAGUGGAGAUUGUGGGCGGAUUUUUCGUGUUUAUAAGCUCAAACUCCAUCCUGGAGCUCCAGAAGAGGCCCUCUGGACUGGGGCCCAAGCAGCGGUGGACUCUCAACAACAACAACAACAACAACUCUGUCAAGUAACCCAAGAGAGGAGGAAGAGAAUGGAGACUUUACAACAAUAUGCACAGACAACAAGAAGAAGAGGAAGAAGAAGAAGAAGAAGAAGAGUAAGAAGAUGAGGAGGAGGAAGAGAAUGGAAGAGAAUGAGCAGCACACACUAUUGACACUAGGAACUGAAGGAGAUGAGGAGGGACAGAGUGCACUGCCGACACUCCCUGAACGCCUACAACAGCACGCUUGGGGACAGUCGACAGGUGUUCGCCGUGCCCUGCUACACUAUGCACAUUGGGAACCUCAAGCUGUGCAAGCCUAAGAGUGUGAGUUACCCGAGGGUUUGGAUUGACUUCAACCUGGGCACCUCUUCCAUCCUCAUCCUGUGCCAGGUGGAGAGCACGCCCCCGCCCUCCCACCCGAUGAUCAGUCAGGUAGUUGCUAGGUGA